UACGGACGCCGCUGUGUGUCCCCUUCGCGGCUCCGUAGCCGCCAGAUUGUGUGGUGUUGCAGAAAUCCAGCUUUCGAAUGGUAGACGUGCGUGCGACUCGGCUCUCGAGUCAUUCGUGGCGGCUUCCGAGGGCGGGGGCGAGGGACAAGGUUCAGUCAGCAUCGACACAAGUCGAUCGGUUGGGUAGCCUCCGACUGGUAACUGCUGGGCUCGACUGGGGCCUGGGUGCUCUUCAUGUCACUUCCGUAAGACCCUCCCGUCUUUACCGCAGAACAGAUUCGUGUGGCAGAAGUCGCUUCUGAGUUGUUCUGCUUAAGCCAUGUCGCCGGCUCCAGGUGCAGCCCUGACCUCUGCCUCGGUCUCCCUGUUGGACCUUACUGCGGAAGCUCCACUCGUUCGGGGCCUUAGCCUGGUGAGCCAAGCACCGGCGGAGGCUCUGCCCGGGGCGUCGUGUACUCCCUGUCCAGAGAACACAAGUUCAGGAAGAAAAGUAUCCCCAUGUUCUCUGGACAUUUCAGAGAAAUUAUUUUGUUCAGCCUGUGACCAGAUCUUCCAGAACCACCGGGAACAGAGAGAACAUUAUAAGCUUGAUUGGCAUCGCUUUAACCUAAAACAGCGUCUCAAGAACAGGCCUCUCCUGUCUGCUUCGGACUUUGAAAAGCAAAGCUCCACAGGAGAUCUUUCCAGCAUCUCAGGGUCAGAAGACUCAGACUCAUCUAGCGAAGAGGACUUGCCAACACUGGAUGAGGGGAGGGCUGAGUUUGAGAAACCUAGCCGACCCAGAGGGUUCUACCCACAUCGUGUCCUUUUCAGAAAUGCCCAGGGCCAGUUUCUUUAUGCCUAUCGCUGUGUCCUAGGCCCUCACCAGGUUCCCCCAGAAACGGAAGAAUUGCUAAUACAGAACCUGCAAAAUGGAGGUUCCAGAUACUCCGUGGUGCUCAUGGCUGCAGCUGGGCAUUUUGCUGGUGCCGUUUUUCAAGGAAGAGAAGUGGUGACACACAAAACCUUUCACCGUUAUACCGUGCGGGCCAAGAGGGGCACAGCCCAGGGGCUUCAGGAUGCCCAGGGUAGGGCAUCACGUUCUGCUGGAGCCAACUUGAGGCGUUACAAUGAAGCUAUGCUAUAUAAGGAUGUUCGAGACUUGCUGGCAGGGCCAGCCUGGGCUAAAGCACUGGGGGAGGCAGAAACAAUACUGCUACGUGCCCCACGCUCUGGCCGGUCUUUGUUCUUUGGAGGUCAGGGGGCACCCUUGCAAAAGGAUGAUUCCCGACUUUGGGAUAUCCCCCUCACCACCCGAAGACCCACUUUUGGAGAGCUUCAGCGUGUGCUUCAUAAGCUGAUGACCUUGCAAGUGUAUGAUGAAGACCCUCGAGAAAUGAUCAGAUUUCAUUCACUUGAGACACAUUGGAAGCCAGUGAGAGAGGAGAGGAAAAAGGCUACUGAUAAAGAAAAAACAAAGGUCCCCAGUGAUGAAAAUAAGGCACUUGAGCAGGAUGAAGAAUCACUCAAACAAGGUUCAGAGUCUCAGGAAGAAGAUGGCUCCCAAGUAGAGUUGGAACUAGUAGAAUUGACACUGGGGACCCUGGAUCUUCGUGAAUUUGAGGUCUUGCCCAAGCGGAGGAGGAGGAAAAAGAAGAAGGAGAGAAGUCAAGAUCAGCAGUGUGGGACACAUGUGACACUUCUUCAGCAGUCUCAAGAAGAUGAGACAUUCUCACAGCCAGACCAAGUGGUUACAACCCCAUUGGACAGUUUGGUUGAUGAGGCCAAAGCCCCUGGUCAGCCAGAGCUCUGGGAUAUGCUUCUAUCUGCUUGCCGUGCUGGGGAUGUUGAGGUGCUAAAGCUCCAGCUAGCUAGUGGGCCUGUAGACCCUGGCGUUAUGUCCCUACUCAAUGCCCCCUUGGGCUCUGGUGGUUUUACUCUCCUGCAUGCAGCAGCCGCAGCUGGAAGAGGCUUAGUAGUUCGUCUGCUGUUGGAGGCAGGCGCUGACCCCACUGUGCAGGACUCUAGAGCUCGGCCACCUUAUACUGUAGCAGCUGACAGAUCAACACGAAACGAAUUCCGAAGGUUCAUGGAGAAGAAUCUUGAUGCCUAUGAUUACAACAAGGCUCGGGUGAGCUGGAAAAGGAGCUACAGAGUGGGAGGGCAUCAGAGAUCCUCACUAGGUCCUUCCUACUUUCUUGUAGUUUUACAAUAUCUUUGGGAAAUCCUCCAGGUGCCAGCGCCACUGACUCAAGAAAUGGAAGCCCGGCAGGCUAUGAGGAAGAAGGAGCAGAAGGCAGCCCGACGACAACGGGGACAGCAGCAGCAGAAGCAGAAGGAGCAGGAGGAGCAGGAGCGAGAAGAACAACGGCGAUUUGCUGCCCUCAGUGACCGAGAGAAGAGAGCUCUGGCUGCAGAGCGCCGACUCGCUGCCCAGUUGGGAGCCCCUAGGCCUCCAGUUCCUGACGCUGCAGUUGUCGGUGCUGGGUAUGGGAGAUCAGGGGAUGAGUGAAGGGGUGGGCUUCUGUGUCAUAGGAGUCACUUGGGGUACAGGGAAUGAUGCCUUCGUGGUCAGGAGGGUUGCGGAGGGGAUUCGAGAGUCCCUGGGACCUUUAAGGCUGGGCAAGGCUUAGAUGGGAAAGUGUGUGAGGUGUGUCCAGUCACUGUUCUUCCCUUUGCUCAGGCGCUGUUGGAGCUGUGGAGUGUCCCUCCAAGGCCUUGUUCCCUUUCACUACCUCGACUUCUCUUUCUGCUCCACUCAUUGCCUCCGAGACCAUCGCAGUCAGGCGGGGAGGCCUUCUUCCUGAUUUCUCUGGGCCCCGAGAGGAUACAUUCAGACCUAGAGUUUUUCUUCCUCCUCAUGGAGCUUGAGAUUAUGUGGAAGAUGGGGGUGAAGGACACUCGGGAACAAGGGCAAAGUCGGCCACAGAGGUGUGUGGAGCCAGUGCUGUCUUUGGAAUUUUAAUCACAAUAAAGUUUGGCAAGAAAA